CAUACCAUGCCUUGGGGAAGCAUCAAUUACCCCAACAGAAAAAAUCUUCAUGGCUCAAGUGGGAUUAUGAUUGAACCAUGCUUUCCUCCUACUGACCCCAUUCCCAUGAUAAUUACUAUCUAAUACAUUGAAAGUACAUCAUUCUGGUUUCACAAUAGGAUAAUUACUGGAGGCAGGGAAAGGAACAUGUGUUCUAGCAGAGAGAACAGAGACAUAUUAUUAGCUAGCAAAUGAGAUUUAGGAUGGACCCCAUGUGUAUUUUGGAUGUCAUUUUUAUCAAGAACUUGAGAAAAUGAAGGUGAAAAUGCACAGGUUAUGCAUGACUGCCUAUUCAUGUGGAAAUAGAAAUGUAUUCAGAAAUUUCAUUAUUCACAUGAGGACAAGGAAGAUUCUCUCUCUUUGCCACCACAGGUGAAAAUCCAUCUAUAAAGACAAUUUAUGAUUUGAAUAAGAAAUAAAAAUUAUUAUAAAAGCCUGCUGAGACAGUAUAGUAAAAUGAAGGCAAAGAUUGACUCAGGAUCUUGUUCUCUAGCUAUUCUUUCUAUAAUAUCAAUAGAAGAAUAAUAGACUUAAAUAAAUUAGGCACCCUUGAACUUCAGAACAAUUUUAUGAUUAUUAAAAAAAGGGAAGGGGAGAAGGUGAAUAGUACAGACAUGCAAUUUUAAAAUGAGGCUUUAGAACAGUAUCCAGCUAUAUAGUGAAAGCUACAUUCUAACCGUUAAUAUGUUUUUUCCAUUUUUAAGGGUAUGGGAUUUUGGCCUUGUGGGGUAUUACCAUGGCAGUUUUCAAUGCCAGUAGCAUCCCUUCCUCCAUAUUCUACCUUACUGGAAUUCCUGGUUAUGAGGCGAUUCACCACUGGAUCUCUAUUCCCUUCUGUAUCCUAUACUUUAUUGGAAUAGCAGGUAACUGCACUAUCCUUCAUGCUAUCCGAACCGACUCAAGCCUCCAUGAACCCAUGUACUAUUUCUUGGCCAUGUUGUCUUUUGCAGACAUGGGCAUGUGCCUUCCCACCCUUGCAUCUGUCCUCCGAGUGUUGUGGUCCAUUUCUAGGGAAAUUGAAUUCAAUACUUGUGUGACCCAGAUGUUUUUUAUCCAUUCCUCCUCCUUCAUGGAAUCAGCAGUACUCCUAGCAAUGGCCUUUGAUCGUUAUAUAGCCAUCUGCCAUCCCCUAAGGUAUACCACCAUCCUCACCCCACAACGUAUUGCUAGAAUUGGUAUAGUUGCUUUUCUUCGGAGCUCCCUCCCUGUCAUUCCAUUGAUGAUCCGGCUGAUAUACUUCCCAUUCUGCCAUUCCCAUGUCCUCUCUCAUUCUUACUGCCUACAUCAGGAUAUAAUGCGCCUGGCUUGUGCAGAUACCAAAUUUAACUCUAUCUAUGGUUUGGUUGUGAUUGCUCUAUACUGGGGAUUAGAUUCUCUGGGCAUCUUGGUGUCUUACAUCUUCAUCCUUCGCUCUGUGUUGAGCAUUGCAUCCUGGGAGGAGAGGCUGAAGGCCCUGAACACAUGCGCCUCCCACAUCUGUGCUGUUCUCAUCCUCUACGUGCCCAUGAUUGGCCUUUCCAUUGUCCACCGUUUUGCCAAGCAUGCCUCUCCCCUUGUGCAUGUCCUCAUGGCUGACAUAUACCUACUAGUGCCUCCUGUUCUCAAUCCCAUCAUCUACAGUGUGAAAAACAAGAAAAUUCGUAGGGGGAUCAUUCACCUGUUCACCCCCAAGAGAAUCCACUCCACUCUGAGGUAGGUACUACUGGACACAAUCACAUGAAGGUUGUUAUUGUGAUGGACCUGGAUACCAGACAUUUCUGCUCCUCAUACAUGCACACAUAUAUAUGCAAGCAAACAGAAAAAAAUGCACACGCAUACACGCAUACUUAAUGAUAUGGUUUAUGCAAAAGGGAAACAAAAUAAUAUUGCUAGUAAGAAGAUUAAAAAAUGAGAGAACCUUUUAGAAUCAUCUAUACAUCUGUAUUCUAUAGAUCUUAGAUCCUCUCAGAUUAUUUUCUUCAAUAUGCUGCAUACUAACUAAUUGAUUUAUCUCAAGUUCUAUCAUCAUGCUAUAUUCUCUCUUUUAAUCCUUUCCUAACCUCUCUGAAUAAACACAUACUUCAUUGGAUAUUUUGGAUCUGAUAUUAAAAUAUUACCUAUGGAAGCUAUCUAGUUUCAUGUUCUCACCCGUAUUAAUCUAUUCCUCUGAAGAACAAAAGUCAUUUUCCAUCCAAUGAAUUCUUUAAAUUACUCUUGGAUUUCAAGUGCUAGACUUAUAUGAGUGGGAGGCAGAACCAAUGCUUUUCUCUACUAAAAGCUUGUGUUGUCAAUCACAUAAAAUGCCAAGAUUUUGUAGAUGAACUUUCAAAGGAAAGUUGAGGAAUCAAGUCAUUUAUGUUGUCCUUUCUCUAACUAAGAAAAUGUCUUUCAAAGGAAAUGAUGGAAUAAAUAUGGUGAUCAGGGAGUUAAUUUCUAAGGAAACCAAGGAGAGAGUAAGAAAACACCUAACUGCUCUUAAUUUCAAGUUACCUGGUCCAAAAUUACUCCAUUCUCAUUUAUUUCAAACACUGUUAUUUUAUUAUUAUUUACCACUAUUGGUUGUGUUUGGUAGAUAAAGUAGAAAAAAACUCCAAAAAAAAUAUUUUCCUGAUUUUCAAAAAGAGGGAAAAUAACAAUGCCUGCAACUGAUAUAUCUGUAAGCUUGACUCUUAUUCCUGGAAAUAUUCUAGAAUGUAUCAUUAAAUAUAUGGUGGGUAGUUCAAGGGUCAAAAUAAAGAUUUUGACAGAAAAAGAGAGCAGCUGAAAUAAUUUAAGUUUUAAUGAGAAUGUAGUCAUGUUAUAAAUUAAUAUUAUCCCUUUAGGCCAGAGAAAAGAAAACUUCUAGAAGCUUUUGACAAUUAACAUUUUAGUGUAAAUAAAAUGGAGAUAGUAAUAUAAUAUAGUAGAAUGAAGAUAGGAAAGGUGAGAAAUAUAGGAAAGAUGUAGAGAAAGAAAAUUUCCUAAUGUCUAUAAAAGUUAUCCUAUAACUACCUAUAAUUACUACCUAAAACAGCCUAUGACUGCCAAUAACUGCCUAUUACUAACAAGGAUCCCACAAAGUUCCAACCCAAUCAAAACCAACCCAAUCAGUGAUUAAUCCAAUUAGGUCUGUCAAUAAAGACCAGUCACCUCCCAAAAAAGUUCAAAAAGCCCCAAAGUCCCUCUGAAGGCUAAAGUCAAAAAGCCCUCUCAAUAAGCUCAGGCCUACCUUUAUAUUCCAGCAACUAAAUACCAGCUACCAACUCACACACUCCCAGCAGCCCGCUUCCCCACAACUGACCACCCAAAACAACUGAUAUUGUCCCAGCAGGAUGCUCCCUGGUUCCUACUUCCUGUCACUGUGGGCUGGCUAAUCCCUACACAUCUCUAUGGUAAGAGGACCUCCAGGUUCUCUGUUAAAUUAAAAAGGAAUAAAGAAUUUCUAGAAAAGAAGGCAGUAUUUAUAAAAAAACUAUUUUUUUUGAGAUAUAGUCUGAAUCGGAA